CUUAGACCUUUUCUUGAAUCUAAAGCGCACGGAUAUACUUAACCGCUUAGAGCCACGGUGGUGAUGUUGAUCACGUGUCAACGGGCUGUAAUCCCCUGCAAAAGUACAUCAUGGCCCGAACCGCUCGCCAAUUGGGCCCACGGAAAAUAUAAACGGCCCAAAUAACUUCCAAUGAUCUCUCUCUCUCUUUUGCAUCACAGGAAGCAAACCGCAAUCAUUCAGCCUCCUUUGGUUGAUCGCUGCCAUGGCUGGUGGAGGUAAGAGAAGACCCAGAAGCAAAACCAACAAUAGAAACGAGAACAGAAAUAAUAGAAACGACAGUAGCUCUAACACCAAGAAAAAUAAUAAGAGCAGAAGAAGAUCCAAUGGAAUCAGAGACUCUCUUUUCGUAGAAGGUGGCGUUUUGUCUGAUUGGAAUCUCAGCUCUUCUUGUCCCGCCUCUUUUCAAGGAAGGAAUUCUAACGCGAAUUUUAAGUCUGCUUCAAAAUCAAAAGCAGCAUCUUCUUCUAAAAGUGGACCUCGAAAAUCCAAUGGAAAUGCUUUUGGUUAUAGCUACCCUACUGUUGAGAUUCAGGAUGGGUUGCACAAUGAAUUAUCUGUCAAGGGCAAUGGAAGAGAUUAUGAUUUGGAUGUAUCACAACCUAUUGUUUUAGUUGAUUCCAAGGAGACCCAGAUAGUUGCUUAUUUAGACAACACAACACCUUUGAAGCCUAACAAUGUGGACUGCACUUAUGAUUAUGAUUCAAGUUUUGUGCUAGAUGGUAGUGUGCACAGGGGAUUGGGGUUCCAUGAUGAAUCUGAGACAAACCCUGAUGCUAUUGGUUCAUCCUCAAAACAAACGGAAGAAGAAGGGAAAGGUGAAACUUGUUUUGAUUCUUCACACUCCGAGAAAGAAAUGGAUGCUGAUGAUACUGACUGUGAGGUAGGUGAAGAAAUGGCUGAAGAAGUGCAAACCAAGGCACUCUCGCCAAGGAAAAAUUCAGGAUUUUUGUCAAUUGGGAGCGUGAAAUUAUUUACCCAAGAUAUAUCUGAUGGGGAAAGUGAGGAAGAGUCGGAAGAUGAUGAAGUUUCUGAAUCUUCUGAAUCAGGGGAAACAGAUGAACUAUCUGAAAGUGAUAUGUCUGACAAUAUCUCUGAUAGUGAUUUGGAGAUAGAUGAAGAGGUGGCAGAAGAUUACUUAGAAGGCAUUGGUGGGAGCGACAAUAUUUUAGAUGCCAAAUGGUUAGUAGAAAACCAUUUGGGUGAAUGUCAUUUGGUCGACUCUGAUGAGGAUAGUUCUUCUUCUAGUGAUUGCUUUGAUGAGACUCUGGAGAAAUUGGGUGGGAUUGAACUCCAGGAUGCGUCUAGGGAAUAUGGUAUGAAAAAGUCUCAGUCAAGAAAGAAAUAUAAUGCUGGUUCUAGAGAUGCUUUACCAUCUACCUUGGAUGACCUUAUACUUGUAAAGGACCCUAGAACUGUUUCUGCCAAAAAGAAGUAUAAUGCUCGGUUGCCUCAGUCCUGGCCUUUAGAGGCUCAAAAGAGUAAAAAGUCCAGAAGAUUUCCUGGUGAAAAGAAGAAACACCGCAAAGAGAUGAUUGCUGUCAAACGGCGUGAAAGAAUGCUGCAAAGGGGAGUCGAUCUUGAGAAAAUAAAUACGAAACUUGAGCAGAUUGUCUUGGAUGAAGUGGAAAUAUUUUCUUUUCAACCAAUGCACUCCCGUGAUUGUUCCCAAGUACGGCGAUUAGCAGCAAUUUACCGUUUGUCGAGUGGUUGUCAAGGUUCGGGUAAGAGAAGAUUUGUAACAGUUACACGAACUCAGCACACAAGCAUGCCAUCAGCUAGUGAUAAACUUCGUCUAGAAAAGCUGAUAGGAGCUGGAGAAGAAGAUUUGGAUUUUACUGUUAAUGAAGGCUCUAGAACAAAAUCAUCAAGCAUAGGUAGAUAUAAGGGGAAGCAGAGCAGAAUGGGGGGUGGCUUCAACUCACUGGAGACUCAAACCCGGAGUAAGUCUUCAAAGAAGUCAACUAACAGUGUCAGUGCAUCCAAGAGACAGGGAGGAAGAAAGGGUUUAUAUGCUGAUCAACCAGUGUCAUUUGUAUCAAGUGGCAUAAUGUCUGAAGCUGUUGAAAUGACAACAAUGGACUCUAAAGAGACUGAAACUUCUGAAAAUAAGGAUACCACUAGCACAGCAAAGGUUGGUGCAUUUGAGGUACACACUAAGGGUUUUGGAUCCAAGAUGAUGGCGAAAAUGGGAUUUGUAGAAGGUGGUGGACUGGGAAGGGAUGGUCAAGGUAUAGCUGAGCCCAUUGAAGCGAUCCAACGGCCUAAAUCACUUGGAUUGGGUGCCAACAUCCCUGACACUAAUGGCGACCCCAUGGACAAUAAACUUCAAAGCGCUGGGAGGCUUGGAAAGCAUGCAAAACUUCAAAGUCUGGGAGCUUUUGAAAAGCAUACAAAAGGUUUUGGCUCUAAGAUGAUGGCAAGGAUGGGCUUUGUUGAAGGCAUGGGUUUGGGCAAAAACUCACAAGGCAUUGUCAACCCUUUAGCUGCUGUUAGGCUCCCAAAAUCACGAGGAUUAGGUGCCAAAGGUUAGGUACUAUCUUUUUUUUUUUUUAAAUAUCCAAAAGAAGCCAGGAGACAACUUAUAAAUUGUUGGGAUUAAACAUUUUGUAAAAUGCUUACAAUUUAUACAUACCUGCAUCCUCAUGUAUGUUCAUCAAAUGAUUUGUGAAUAAAAUAACGCUCUGUUUUUGUUU